AUGACAUCCUUCCGCAUAGCACCCGAUGAUUCCGAGAACGACUAUGGCACCUCGCUCGUGCGGCUGAACAACUUGGGGCAUAGCCACGCGCGCCUCAUGCGUCGCAUCCGCAUCGAAAUUCGACCACCAAAGCUACCGGAAGUCGACAUUUGGCGAUGGUUCCGCCCGUACAAUGUCGACGACUACGAGAAAUUGAUUGUCCAAUGGCGCGAUUUCAUCCAUGCUCUCAAGGAUGCCGGUGUGCAAGCUGAACGGCUACCGUGGACUUUGGGCGACCUUUCAGUGCGACAUAUCACGAGAGCUGGCUUCAUAAGUGCAGCACAGGCGGCACAGAUCGCCGCUCUGCACGAACUUAUCAUCAAACCAGUGCUGCGCCGUGCGGAGUUCUUCCCACUCAUAGGAUUUGCCAACGUCGCAGAUCGAGUUAGAACCCACGCGAAGGCGGGCUCUGUUGUUGCAUUUGACCGCAGGCUGAUGGAGCAGAUGCCGAAAAUUGAGGAGGCGCUUGCACAUCUUGACUGGAAACAGGAUUGA